UUCCCGUUGUUGGCCAUUACUGGACGGCAAACAUCAUCAUGUCUGAAAAUAAUCAAAAUAUGACCGAAGUAGAGGAACAAAACAUGGAAGACGAUGAGGAAUUUGAACAACCAGCCGAAGAAUUAACACCAGAAGAGCUAUGUGUAAAAGCAGAACAAUUCAAGGAGGAAGGAAAUACUUUUUACAAAGCAAAGAAUUACCAGCAGGCCCUCGUGUGUUACAACAAUGCUAUAAAUCUGUGUCCGACGUGUGCGGCGUAUUACGGAAACCGCGCGGCCACGUACAUCAUGCUGAACAGAUUCCGAGAGGCGUUGGAGGAUGCACAGCAGUCUGUCAGACUUGACAGCGGCUUCGUCAAGGGUUAUUUAAGAGAAGGUAAAUGUCAUCUGGCACUGGGAAACUCGAUGGCUGCAAUCCGGAGUUACGAACAAGCACUUGAUUUAGAACCCAACAAUUCGGUGGCAAAAAAUGAAUUAAAGGCAGCUCAAUGUAUAAGUGAUUACGAAGCAAAAGGUGAAGCCGUUUUCUCCAGCGGAGACUACAGAACAUGUGUAUAUUACAUGGACCGGUGUCUAGACAAGUACCCGACGUGUUUGCGGUACAAACUAAUCAAAGCAGAGUGUUUGGCGUUACUCGGAAGGUGUCAGGAAGCCCAGGAAUUAGCUAAUGGGAUUCUCGCUCUAGAUAGGAUGAAUGCCGAAGCUUUGUUUGUCCGUGGUUUGUGUCUCUAUUACCAAGACAAUGCAGAAAAGGCCUUUCAACAUUUCCAACAAGUUUUACGUCUACACCCAGACCAUCCGAAAGCUAGGGAAGUUUACAGGAAAGCGAAAUCUUUGAUAGCGAAGAAAGAAGAAGGGAAUAAAGCGUUCAGAUCUGGGAGACUGCAGGAGGCAUAUGACUUGUACACAGCUGCUUUGUCAAUAGACCCGAACAACAAACUAACCAACUCAAAAUUGUACUUUAAUAGAGCAACAGUUACUUCCAAAUUGAACAACAUAGAACAAUCUAUAAAGGAUUGCUCCACAGCUAUUGAACUUGACAACACUUACCAGAAAGCCUAUCUACGUCGAGCCAAAUGUUACAUGGAUACCGAACAGUACGAGGAAGCAGUUCGAGAUUAUGAAAAGGUUUUCACAAUAGACAAGUCUAGAGAAAAUAAACGACUGGUGCAGGACGCUAAGCGUGAACUUAAGAAGAGUAAACGGAAGGACUACUACAAGAUACUGGGAGUUCCAAAGAACGCCACCGAGGAUGAGAUGAAGAAAGCGUACAAAAAGAGGGCACUCGUACACCAUCCCGACCGCCACUCGCACGACACCCCGGAGGUGCAGAAGGAGGAGGAGAAGAAGUUCAAGGAGGUGGGCGAGGCGUAUGGUAUUCUCACUGACAGCAAGAAGCGGGCGCGCUACGACAAUGGGGAGGACCUAGACGACGUGGAUAGCGGGGGAUUCGCAGAUAUUGAUCCGAAUCAGAUCUUUCAGGCUUUCUUUGGCGGCGGGGCAGGACCAGGAGGACCAGGCUUUCAACACUUUUCUUUCGGAGGUCACCCAGGAUUUGCCGGCCAACACGGUCACGGCGGGGGUCAUCCGGGAUAUACUUUUAAUUUCGGCUAGCACGACGUUUAUCGGUCAGUGGGGGUGGAAAAACCUUAGUACUGUAAUAUGUGACAGAGGGAGAACGGUACACAAAACACUGUGUUUUCAGUUUGGAAUGUGUCGGUGAAAACACAAUUAACCACUUUUAAAACUAAUGUGUACUUGAUACUCGAGAGAUAAUUUUUUAAUUUUUUUUAAUGUUACUUUGUUUUUGCAUCAUUUGGUUCCCAUGGUAAUAAAACUGGGAGCUGAAAAAUGCAAAAUAUUUUUACUAACUUUUCUUCCCUAUUCCUUUUUAAUUUGGUAAUAUAUAUAAAAAAAAAUUAUCCUUCCGACUAUAAACUACUUAAAAAUAUAUUCUCCACAACAUGUAUAAAAGUUUUGACAUUUUCUAACACUUUCAGUAUUCAGAAAUGCAUCAGUUUACAAAACAAAUUUAACGCUCUUGGUGUACAAUGUAUAUAAUAUCAAAAAUAUAUUUAUCUCUAAUUUUUAUACAAUUCUCUUUUGUUAUAUGUUUUGUAAUAUUUAAAAUGAAGGUUUUAAUUGCAAAAUGUGCCGUUUGUCAUGUUGUGAAGUAUACAAAUGUAUUUUUUGUUAAUUAUUAUGAUUUUUUUUUGAAGUGUGCCAAGAAUUCCAUUAACUUGUUACUCCUUAUUCAGGAAUGCAAAUACAGGGUACAGCUCAUGUUACAUUUAGCUUCUCGUGAAAUCCUCCAAAGUCCCCCAAGUGAUUUUGCUUUGAUGUAGCUAAAGGCAGCAAGUAGUUGUCCCUAAGCAAUGGUCUCUGAAUAACAGUUUCUGGGCUCAGUAUGUAAGGAUGGGUUUUCUGAUUCCACCCUCUCGAUUAUCAAUUGGACCUUCCCUUUCAAAAAAAAAAAAAGUCAAGCGAAUGAUGAAUCGUUUCACUCACUAGGUCAUGGUGAAUGCAGCCAUAUGAAUUCACGACUGCAAUUAACAGUGCUGCGGCAAAUAGCUGUUGUCAACUGGAUCUGCAAUGGCAUUUUUAUUAUCCGUCAUCUGAUAUUUACUUUAUUAUUUGAUGAUCUGAAUUUCAAUGGAUCCGAGUGAAUGGUGAAUGAUAGAUUUAAGGUGUACUAAAUACUUCGGCUGGGUGGGGCGAAAGCAGCCUUUUACGGGAGAUUUGGGAUUAGCAUAGAUUUUGGUGCACAAUUAUGCAUGCUCCUAAAAUGCAGUUAAGGCAUACAUGUGUGAUCAUGCCUCUCAAAUGUGAUGGUAAGCUUUAGCGAGCAUGCUAAUAUUGAUAUUUAUUGAGACAAGUGUUGGAAACAUCUACAAACGGAUUACUAUGAACAUUUUGUAGUGCAGCCAUGGUUUUCUAACAAUUGUGUAUGGUUUUCCAAUAAUUGUGUAUGGUUUACCGAUUAUUGUGUAAUGUAAAGUUGAGUUGGUUUUCUGCUAAUCUUUGGUGUGCCAUUACGUCGCCAGCUUUUAUAGCUGAUUGCUGUUGCAUGUAUCAUUUAACAUUAUUACAGGGAGAAAUCACCUUCAACCUCAAUGACUCCAAAUUAAAAGGUAGAUGAUUGUCAUUAAACAGGUAUGGAACUUGGGGAUAGUUUUUUUACGAUAUCCCCCAGAAUGGUAAAAUGAUGCAAUACAGAUAUUUUAGGAUCCAUCUCAUAAUUUUACACUACUGACACAAAAUUAGGGAUUCACUGAAGCGUGGAAUCCUGCGAAAUUCAAAGCCUGAUUAAACCGGUAGAUGAAUCUUGUUAUAUGUAAUUUACUAAAGAGUAGGUUGCUGUUUGUCGACCGACAGUUCUCAGAAUAGACAUUCGUCAUGGCAGUUACUCUUAAGAACUUUGCACCUGCUGGUUUAUUGCAUUAACCUGCGACUAAGAACAGUUUAUGAUUUAUGAUUUAAAAUCAGCUUGUACCCUCCCAUUCAUCGGUAAAUGUGAUGUGGCUCAGUGGUAAAGUACGCACCCGAGGUGCGAUAGGUCGCAGGGUCGAUUGACAGUGAUGGACUUUGGGUUAUUUUACCAUCCAAACAAGUGCUCCACUACUGGUACAUCAAAGGCUGUGGUAUGUACUGUCCCUUCUCUCACAACAUACCAAGUAUUAAAAAAUACAUGUUGACACCUUAUAACAUUAUACUGUUUGAAAUGUGCUGAGGUGUCAUUAAACAAAUAUUCCUUUCCUUGCCUCCACUUAAUGAUGACCAACUCUUAACGUGUAACAUACCAAGACUGUACAAUAAACGAGAAAACUCUGAAUGUCUUUUAUGCACGUGAUUAUGUUAUGUUACUCAGGGUUGGAAGAUUGUGGUCAAAACGAGUAUAAUACGUUUUGUCACAAGAGUGAAUUUCGUGGGAUAGAUUUUGACCUAGGUUUGGUGUUCAUAGAGUUUUCACCGAUAAUAAUCACCGUCGUAGAGGACGGUCCUCAUUUUGUAAAUAGAAUUUAGGUUCAUUUUUAAAACAUACAUAGACAUCAUUGUACAUAUAUUUAUACAUUGGGCCGAAUUUACGAAGCCCGUUUUUCUUAAACGCAGGUGUUCAAGCAUUGUAGUUACACGCGUGUGGGACAUAAACAGGUGUUUAAGCAUUGUAAAUGAAUGUAGUUACACACACACAUACGGGCUGUGUAAAUUCGGCCCAUUAUGUUCAGUUGUACAAAAGUUCAUCAUAUUUUAAACUGACAAUGACAGUGCAAGGUUUACCGAAAUUAUUUAAGGUGGUCAGCUAAGCUUAUAUCAAAUAGAAUUUGUUGAAGAUGUAUAUAUGGGCCACUGCAUUGUUGUGAUUUCUUUCUUUCUUUUUUUUUCUCUUCAUGAAAAAAAACAUAUUACUCGAGAUCCUUAACAAAUUUCCAAUCUGAAAUGGUUACCUAACUUUGUUGUCUCGUACUUGUUUGAAGUAAUGCAGGUGAGAUAUACAUAUUACUUGUCCGACGCAGGCAGCGACAACGUUGACAUUUGCGUUAAAGUUUAACAUUGAAGUUUUGCCUUUACAUCAGUUUCUCACCAACUAUAAGUCUUAGGUCAGUGAAACUUGGUUUAUAGUUGCACCUGUGGACAUUCAUCACGGUGCACCAAAAACAUUUCUGGUAGGCGAGACAUUUAAUUCUGUGGAAUUCUUGUCGAGAAAAACACGUUCCUCAAGGUCCGUAACAAACUUCCAAUCUCGAAUGGUUACCCUGCCUUGGGUGUGCAGAAAUGGGCAGACAUUCACAGCCCUGUGGUCCGUGAUUGUAUCUUUCAUUUGACGGGGCUGGACUUAGCGCAGUGGUAAAGCGCUUGCCUGAUGUGCAGUUGAUCAAGGAUCGAUCCCUGUCAGUGGACACAUUGGACUAUUUCUUGUUCCAGCCAGUGCACCACGACUGGUAUGUUAAACGCUGAGGUAUGUGCUAUGCUUUCAGUGGGAUGGCGCAUAUAAAAUAUCCCUUGCUUCUAAUGGAAUAAAUAUUGCAGGUUUUCUCUAUAAGAUUGUGUAUCAUAAUUGCCCUGUGUUUGUCAUCUAAUAUACGGGUGAUUAAUAAAUCAAUGUGCUCUAGUGGUGGCGUUCAGCAAAACAAACUUAUAUUUGUCUCUACAACUAACCACUAACCCACUGUCCUGGACCGACAGUCCAGAUAGCUGACGCGUGUGCCCAGAACAGCAUGCUUGAACAUUAAACUGGAUAUAAGCCCAACAGACAGUUGAAAUGAAUAAUGUAACAACUUGCAGUGAACGUGUAUCAGUCCAGAUAGGUCUGGUGUAAAAAUAAAAUAAAAUUAAAAGCUAAGAUUUUAAUAAUUGUUAAAAUCAAUCAGUUUUAAAUGUAAGUUCAAGAUUUCUUUAUUUUAUUUUUUAUUGGCGGUUCAUUUCUAGUAAAAUAUUCUUGACUGCCAAACACAAAAUUUAGGAUCUAACAUGAAUUUACAAAUAUUAACGUAGGUUACAUCAGUGGCAUGUUCCACAAACCAAUGAAACCAUAUCUUUAUUUAAGUGUUUGACAAAUGUUUGAGAAAGACACAAGCCCUCGCAGAAGCAUUGGCUAAUGGCCUAUGUAUUACAGUGGAUAAUUUUCACUAGCCAGGACCGAGGGCUUGUGGAUUUGUCAAACUAUUUUUAUUUUAAUUGGUCAUUAAUGUAAUUAUAGUAAAUAGUUUGUGUAUGUAUUGCAAAUAUUGUUUAAACCAUUAACACAUCGAAGUAAGAGUAAGGUUGUGCUCUCUCUCUCUCUCUCUCUCUCUCUCUCCCCCCCCCCCCCCCCCCCCCCCCCCCCCCACACGCCUUCCCUGAUUUCACCAGUGGAAUGUGUAAAGGCAGACCGAAAUAAGUGUAAGAUUAUAUACCCCCUUUACACCAGUGGGAUAUGUAGAAACGGACAGAAUGAAGCUGGAUGUACAGUGUUCAAGCUGACAUUGUUGUAACCAAAUUAGCACAAACAUUCGUUUUAGUCCCCCGUCGGUCCAACCAGAGGGGACUAUAGGUUUCAUCUCCACCCUUCUGUCCAUCCAUCUGUCCGUCAGUCCUACAUGUAGUUUUCCCCCGACAUUUAACAGAAACAAAAAAAUAUAUACAAUGCCUCAAGAUUUUCAGUUGAAAUUUUGUGUAUAGCUUUAUCAUUUACCAGUACAGAUGAAGUUCGAGUUUCUUGGCGAUUUAGCCAUUUUUCACCAAGUUAUGAACCUUGAAAGUAGGAUAUUUGAACAUUUGUUUGGCCUGGUAGGGGACAUGUAUUGCUUUAGCAGUACUGUUGAAAUGCCUGUUAAAUAUUAAAUUGAAUGUAUAGUUCUUAACGUUUGCUAGUGAUAUGCCAAAUACAUGUCACGAUAAGCAAUUUGACCGCAUCUUAAAUUUGUGCGACAUGAUGCAGUGAGACUAUGCAGUUUGCAUGCAUCACCAUAGUAACGUGUGAAUAAUGUUGCUUUAGUUUGACGUAUUGUUUUCCAAAUAUCCAUAGCAAAAGUUGAGUAGUGUAUUUAAUUUAUUUUAUCCUGCAACCAUUGUUUGUAUUGACCGAAUAUGAUGACUAAUUAAAACAGUCGUAAACGUAUACUAGCAGAUUAUGACUUGACGUCACUCAUGUCACUGCAAAAUCGCUCAUUUGACCUCUAGGUCAUCGUACAAUGUAGCUGAAAUAAUAGCUUUUCUUCUUAAUUUUUAGGGACUGCGGGGUAAAGUACAGUUUGUUUUGUUGUAUGAUACCACUAGAGCACAUUGAUUUUUUAAUCAUCGGCUAUUGGAUGUCUUAACAUUUGGUCAUUUUUACCUAUAGUCUCAGAAAGAAAAUCCGCUACAUUUUUUAA